AUCUCGUCCUUCCCCCCUUGUACCCUUCCAGCAAACAAUAACCCCAAUCCUCUCAUCGACUCGAUUCUAUACCUCAUUCUACAGGCCCCCCGUUUCUCCCUCUCCCCCUCCUUACCCAACACACAUAUACAUACUACCACACUAUGGGUAUCCCAUUAUCCAAGGCCAUCGCAAAGAUCUUUGGCAACAAAGAGAUGCGCAUCCUCAUGCUCGGUCUCGAUGCCGCAGGAAAGACCACGAUCCUCUACAAGCUGAAGCUGAACCAGUCUGUUACAACCAUCCCCACGGUUGGAUUCAAUGUCGAGACGGUCGUGUACAAGAAUGUGAAGUUCAACGUCUGGGAUGUCGGCGGACAGGACAAGAUCAGACCUCUCUGGCGCCAUUACUACACCGGUACCCAAGGAUUGAUCUUUGUGAUCGACUCGCAGGACAGGGACAGGAUAGACGAGGCAAGACAGGAGUUGCACCGCAUUAUCUCGGAUCGGGAAAUGAAGGACUGCCUGUUGCUCGUCUUUGCUAACAAGCAGGAUCUUCCUGGAGCGAUGACACCCGCAGAAGUAACAGAGCGUCUGCAAUUGCAUACGAUGCGCGAGAGACCGUGGUAUGUGCACCCAUCAUGCGCGACCACGGGCGAGGGUCUCUUUGAGGGUCUUAACUGGAUGAGCCAGAACGUCAAGAGCAAGUAAACGUUAAAAAAGAGAGAAAGAAAAGACGGCGGGGGCAAAGGAGGAAGGAAGAAGAAGGAGAAGGAGGAGAGAAGCCAGGACGAUGCAAGGGGCGCGGAAGACAGAGGGUUUGGAGGUGGAGUUUCGAGUGAAGCCCCUUCCCUUUCGAACCCCUCCUGCAGCCUUCGAUACCAACCAACGGAAUCAGUCAACGGAACUGACCGACCGACCACAAGGAGGAAGAGGAUGAUGAGGGAAAAAAAUCCGGAUACAGAACACUUUCAACAACAGCAGCAGUAGUAGUAGUAGUAACUGCGAGUACUAUAUAUACACGGCAACCAGGAGAAUCAUGGAGGAGGGGCCCCGUCUGGGACGAAGCUGCUUUCCUUUUUAUUGUCCUGUCUUGCUAUUCUUUUUUUUUUCAACACUUUUGUCUUUUUAUUACUCUUUUUAAUAUCAUAUCUGUUUAUUUUAAUGACCCGAUUUGUCGCUUGGACCA